AGAGAGUCGGCGUGCCCGUCUGUGUUUACGUGCGUGCCUGCGCGCGCGUGCGCGACAGUUCCAGAGGACCGCCGCUCGGAUACCGGGAUGUCGGUGGCGUUUGUGCCAGAGCGGCUGAGGGGGAAGGCGGAAGUUAACCAGGAGACCAUCCAGCGGUUGCUGGAGGAAAAUGACCAGCUGAUCCGGUGCAUCGUGGAGUACCAGAACAAGGGGCGGGCUGCAGAGUGCACACAGUACCAGCAUGUAUUGCACAGAAAUCUCAUUUAUUUGGCCACCAUUGCAGAUGCUAGCCCAGCAAACGCUCCCAAAACAGUGGAUUGAUUGAUUAGUCCUUGCUUUUUGCCGUAUUGUGAGUAUUUAUCCCUUCAAAUAAGUGGAGCCAUGACCUUUGCCAAUGCCAUUGUUGAAGUUGCACCUGGGAAACAGUACUUCAAGCCUGUUUUCAGUGGUGAAAGGUUCAAGCAAAACAUUGAGCAACUGGAUGUUAAAUGUCACUUUUCAUUACUCAGCACAUCAUUUUUCUGAAUUACUGUCUUUAGGGGGGAAACCCCAUCAGGAUACCUUUUCAGAACUUACUUCUUGGGCUGUCGGCAUAAAGGAGGCUGAGUGGGGACAGCAGGCGUGACACUUCUGGCAGUACCCUGUUUUGUAUGUACAUAUGGAUGUAAUUGUUCCCAGCAAUUGUUUAUUAAAGUUAUGGUUCUCUGAAA